UAAACCUCAAAGCGACCGUAAAAAAAUGUUCGGUCCUCAUUCGCAUGCCCCUCACACCGCGGACCAGGCAAGGCAGACCCAAGGCAGACCCAGCUGGCUCUCGAACAAACUGGGCACUAUCCAUCACAGAGGCCCGCGUUCCCGGUCGGCUCUGGGACUUUAGUCUGGAUUUCGGAGAACCAGAACAGACGGGGGACGGUCGGCAGGGCGCACGUAAACCCAAACACAGGCGGGCACCGAGGCGACCCGCGCAGUUACGGCGAUGGUCUGGUGGCGGUUUCCUGCACGUUUGUGCGCGAUUGUCCUCCUUUUCACGGCCGCAGCGUCAGAAGACGGACCUUUCGCAGAGCAGCGCGAGGUGUCCCUGGACAUGUUUGAUGACAUCAUAAGAGCAGAGAUGAACCCGUCAGACCCUGACAUGAUGCAGAGGGAGGUGGACCUGGCAGACUACUUCCAGACUCUAGUUGAUAACUCCAGAGCUGAUGACCAAACUAUAUCUCAGGUCGAUGUCACUAGGGAUGUUGGAGGUUACUCCCCCAGGCAAGGUCAGCCAAUGUUUGGGCCCCGCUCCUUCAGAUAUCCACCUUCUUUGGACUACCCUGUGGAGUUCCCCCCCGGCCGACCGACUCCUGCGAACCUCAAAGCCAUCUGUCUCCACGGAGACCGCCGUCCUCGCUACCCGGACACCUACUUUCCUGUGUCCGGUUUUGGCCAGCAGAGGCGCAGGGCCGCAGCCGUCAACAACGCCGAGUCCUGGUUCAGCAUGUGCUGCAAAGGGAAGCAGACUUGGGGAGAGGAAGUGACAUUGUGCUGUGCCAAACAAGCGUGGAGGCUGGCAGUAGACUCCUUCUGUGAGGAGGACAUGUCGGUGAAGGAUCGACAGUACGACUGCUGUGCGAAACGUGGCAACGCCCGGCUGGACUGCUUCCAGAGCGACGCCCAGAACCCUGCAUACCAACCCACCAUGGAGGUGCCCGUGACACCCGUUCCUGCUGCAUUCCACUUCACCUUUGAGCCUAACGCCUGCGCUACAGAAAUGAGCCCACGCAGCAUCAGGGGAAAGAAGCAGAAGAAGCCGGUCUCGACCUCUCCCCAGAACGUGGACAUCAGCUUCCCCCCAGGACGACCCACCGAAGCUGGCACCGAGUCGCUGUGCCGCCACCGUAAGCUCCGCCCACGCUACGAUCUUAAGUGCCUACCCCGUAAAGGCUAUGGCUGGCUGGCCCGCCAAUCAAAGACCAUUAAUCGUGUGGAAAAGGGAUUCAAGCAGUGUUGCAAAAGGAAGCAGGACGUUUUCACCUGUGUUGAUGGGAAGUGGCGCGAGGAGAUGGAUAGGUUCUGUCAAGAGGAGAAGGGGGGUAAGACGAGUUUUGGGUGUUGCGAGAAGGCCGAGGGUAGGGAGCGUUACGAUUGUUUCCAAGCCCACGCUCCCCAACCGGGCUAUGAGCCAGACCUGUCAGCGCCCCCUGCUGCCACCUCUCAAGGUCCCCCCUCCCUCGGUCAAAUAUGUGAAACUCACAAAAUCAUCAAGAAGAAGUUCUCUGUUGGCUUUCCGCUCCAGAGCUUGGUGAGUCAGUGUUGCCCCCUGUCCUCCGACCAGAAGACUCCAUGUAUUCAGGAAAAGCUUGAGAAAAUGUCAAAGAGCAUGUGUUCAGCAAGGAAGCCCUCCUCCCCCGCUGCCCGCCAGUGUUGCCACACCCCUACCCAACCUUCUUCCCAGUGCCUCUCCAAUAUACUAAUGGACGCUAUCACCAAGGCAACCAGUGCACGUCGCAUAAAGAAGAGGAAGUGCCCCCUCUCCUAAAACCUCACGGACCCCCUAGGGCAACUGGGCCAAUCGGGUAAACGGCGUGUUCUUAGUAGAGAUUGCCUCGAAUCACUGAGCAGAAAUGGCUUUUCCUGCAUAAAUCUCACUACACUAUAAGUAAGAUGAAAAGAAAUGUUGCGUGGACCAACUUAUAGCUUCCACCACUGUAAGAACAUGCAAGUCAUCUGAAAGCACAUAAAAAAAAGCACUGCUAUUACAAUGAGUGCUUUCGCAAAGAAGAAUACCGUUGAGCACUUACUGUGUAAAAUACUUUUGUCUCUGCCACUGUAUCUCUUGUAUUUAUCAGCUGCUCCUGUCCACAUCUGAUUUUGGAUGUUGCAUUUCCCUGAUUUCUUAGGAACUGCAAGGCCAGUUCUGUUUCUUUUGUGUGGUUGAAAUUACAAGUAUCAAUACCAAAUAAACAUUUCAAAUAAAUCUUUAUUUUCAACAAUU